AUGAAUGUUUUCUGGUCUUCCGUGGAAUUAAAAUAUCGGCAAAUUCAGGAAAUACAAAUUAAUAUAAAAGUAACUGGUGUUAUAGUUGUUGAAGAAGAAAAUGUUUUAAACUACACUGACAAACAUAAAUUCCGGUGGUUCAUGAAUUCUCUUGACAUGGAUGAGGCACUUAAUAAUUUCGGUGAAAUAAAAGCUUACGUCGAAAAAACCAAUAUAACAGAUUAUAACAUAAUUGUAACAUUAACAGGGUUGCGUGGGAUGGUGACAACUUCUGAUCCCUUUUAUUAUUCUAAUUUCGCUAAUGUUCUUGGAUACGCUUUUACGAAAGGUGUGUGUGAUCCCAAAAAUAAUGGUGUUAUUUGUGAAGAUGAUGGAAAGUUUGGCUCUCUUAGCGCUGUUGUGCACGAAAUAGCUCAUUCAUUAGGUCUUCGUCAUGACGGAGAUACUAGAAUAUUUGAAGACAAUAUUGAUUACAGUUCAUGCAAAACUUCUGACCCAGGUAUUCAUUAUGCUAUGGACACAAAAAAUUUGCACUCAUUCGAUAAGUAUAUUUGGUCCAAUUGUAGCAAGAAAUAUUUCGAAUUUUUAAAAAGGGACGAAGAAAUGGCUUGCAUUGGAGAAAGAUAA